AUGUCCGAGCAGCAGGGAGAGCAGAGGCUGAGUCCCACUGCUGCUGCCGUUGACCCCGCGCGGAAGGACGCAGUCACCAACGGAGCUUGCGGACUGGCGGACUCGGUCAGGCGGGUGCAGAGUGAGUGCUUGAACGAGGCUUGGGACGGCGCAGCCGGUGCCAAGUCUGGCUCCCAGACCAUCCCGCGGCGCAGCAGUCUGGUGAAGGUAGGCCAUGGGAUGUGCAUGGGGAACUUGGACAACAAACUGUUGCCUCUGCUGCUGCCUCAUACUCAUCAUGUUCUGUCAGAGUGCUCUCUGGGCAUCCUUUUGGCAGUCAUGGGGAGAGGGCUCACUCUGCAUCUAUUGGGAUCACUCCUCAUGGCAGUUAUGGGGAGAGGUUGCAAAGGUAUAUGGCUGUAUUCGUAA